AUGAUAAAAGGACUGGUGGCUCAGUCCCAAGCACAACAGCAAAUGAUGACUCAAAAUCAAUCUUUGUUCAAUCAACAAAGUGCUGCCAUUAAAAAACUGGAAACACAAGUUAGCCAACUUGCUCUCAAUCAGAAUAGUAGAGCCCUUGGUACUUUACCUAGUAACACUGAAGUCCUGAGAGAUUUAGGAAAAGAGCAUGUAAAGAUAGUGACUCUAAGGAGUGGAAAGGAAUUAACUGAGACCAUACCAAAAGAAAGUGAACAGAAGUUGCUAGGAAAAAAUCCAAUUGAGGAUGAGGUUAUAACAGGUCCAAAAACCAAAGUUGUAAUCCCAUCUAAACCUCAAGAAAGUAAGACCAAGACUCUAGGCACUCUGGACCCAUCUUGCUCAACACAACCUAACAAAGCCAUCAUAAAGCCAGUUCCUCUUUAUGUUCCUUUUCCCCAAAGGUUAAGGAAUCAAAAGGAAGAACUGCAAUUCAAGAAGUUUUUGGAAGUGUUUAAAGCAUUGCAUAUCAACAUACCUCUUGUUGAAGCAAUAGAGCAAAUGCCCUGUUAUGCCUUGAAGAAGAAGUUAACCGAAUAUGAGACCGUAGCUCUUACUAAGGGAUGUAGUGCGCUUCUAACCAACAAAAUACCCCCUAAGCUUAAAGACCCAAGGAGUUUCACUAUUUCUUGUUCUAUAGGUGGAAAGGAGAUUGGUAAAGCUUUGUGUGACCUAGGAGCUAGUAUCAACCUUAUGCCCUUAUCUGUUUUCAACACCCUAGGCAUAGGAAAAGCUAGACUCACCACUGUCACCUUGCAAUUGGCCAAUAGAAGCAUAGCUUAUCCAAAAGGUAAGAUUGAGGAUGUCUUAGUUCAGGUUGACAAAUUCAUCUUUCCGGUUGACUUCAUCAUCCUUGAUUUUGAGGCUGACAAAGAUAUUCCCAUAAUCUUAGGAAGACCUUUCUUAGCCACUAGUGGAACCUUGAUUGAUGUCCAAAAAGGAGAGCUUACCAUGAGACUCCAAGAUCAGAAAGUCACAUUCAAUGUCUUUAAUUCCUUAAAGUACCCUAAUUACUUAGAGGAAUGCUCAGGAGUUACUGAGAUUGAGAAAAUGUGUUAUGAGGAAGGAGCUAGGAAGGCCUGUAAGCUAGAGGAGGACGAUAGUGUUGAGAUAGGUGAUGAUACUGUUGAGGAUUUAGAAGGUGAUGUCCCAUCUGAUGCUGUAGCAUUUGAGUUGUUGGAAAAUAGUGAGCUUAAGAAUUUUACCCCGCCUAUAAUUUCACCUCCUGUUCUGGAGUUAAGCAACUCCCAUCUCACUUGA